CUCAUACAGUACGCUUAACAAUACAAACCAAAUAGGAAAAAGCAAAUCUGAAACUGCAUGUUGGCGGUCGACCGGCCCGGUCCGAUACGGCGUCCCAAUUUCCAGUUUUUUUUCUCAGCCCUACAAGAAACCCGGUAUUAGUAUCAACGCAGGCUUUUGCAAUUUUCCAAUGGAGGCCUAGACUAUUCAUGGGGAUUAUUUUUGGUAUGGAGUUAUCUUGGUGCAUUCAGUUUGCAAACGUGUAAAGUCAAAUCACCAUGCCUCUGCCAGAAACAGAUGAAUAUUCAGAUGUCCAGGUUUACUUCACAGCCAAUGAAUGGGCAGAUAUCAGCGAUUACGAAAGGAUCUGUAUCCAGAAUGUCAAGGAAAACUAUGAGAUGAUGAUAGAAGUUGGGGUACAGGUCAACCCACCAAUGUUCAUGCAGCGUCAGCAAGGAAUUCAUAAAGAGAUAAAUGAGGAAAGUGAGGAUAAGGGGACAGAGACAAGAGGGUCUUCUGACAUUCAUAAUCAACAGGGAAAUACAUGUCAUACAGAGAAGAAUGAGUUACAAAAAGAGAAUAUUAAUACAUUUACUAUGAAAGUAGAGGCCGAGUAUGAUGAUGAUGGCAAUCUGCUAGGUGAGGCUAAUCCCAAUGCAGAAGGGAAAAUGACUGAUCUGGAAUGGAAGAACGGUGAUGAAAUUACCCAGACACAAACUAAUCCAAUAUCAUCAGGUGAUCAGAGGACCAAGUCAGGUGAUCUCAUCAUUCUGUCAUGUGAUCAGAAGGCAGAAGAAGCUUCAGGAGGCAGCCAUGCUCCAACCCAAUUCCAAUCCAUAUAUGAAAAGGAUUCUGGAAUCUACAGAUGCGAGUAUUGUGGAUCAGUCUAUGCUAUUCCUCUCAUCUUUGCAAGGCAUCUCAAGUACAAACAUGGGCUUAAUGGUGUUAUCUUGCCAUUUUAUGCAUCAAAGGAAAGCAUUCUACAGUUUGUUGAAGGAGAAAUACAAAAAUCCAUGUGUGAAAUUAAUGAUUUUACACAUGGUGAAAAUAUGAGUUUGAAAACAGGAAAUAAGGAAAACAUAAUACUUGAAAAGAAACCUUAUACAUGUAAUCAGUGUGGUAAGGCAUUUAUUUCUGCAAAUCAUCUAAAAACACAUGAACGCAUCCAUACAGGUGAAAAGCCCUAUGUGUGUGAUCAAUGUGGUAAGGCAUUUCAUCAGAUAUCCAAUCUCACAACACAUAAACGAAUCCAUACAGGUGAAAAGCCCUAUGUGUGUGAUCAUUGUGGUAGGAUGUUUAGUCAAAAAGGUAGCCUCACAAUCCAUAAACGCGCCCAUACUGGUGAGAAGCCCUAUGUUUGUGAUCAAUGUGGUAAGGCAUUUCAUCAGAUAUCCAAUCUCACAACACAUAAACGAAUCCAUACAGGUGAAAAGCCCUAUGUGUGUGAUCAAUGUGGUAGGAUGUUUAGUCAAAAAGGUGGCCUCACAAUCCAUAAACGAGUCCAUACUGGUGAGAAGCCCUUUGAGUGUGAUCAGUGUGUUAAGGAAUUUAUUGAUGGAAGUGCAUUGAGAAGACACAAACGGAUCCAUACAGGUGAGAAGCCCUAUGUUUGUGAUCGAUGUGGUAGGGCAUUUAAUCUUGAACAUGCUCUUAAAAUACAUAAAAGAAUCCAUACAGGUGAAAAGCCCUAUGUGUGUAAUCAAUGUGGUAAGGCAUUUAAUCAGAUAUCCAGUCUCACAACACAUAAACGAAUCCAUACAGGUGAAAAGCCCUAUGUGUGUGAUCAAUGUGGUAGGAUGUUUAGUCAAAAAGGUGGCCUCACAAUCCAUAAACGAGUCCAUACUGGUGAGAAGCCCUUUGAGUGUGAUCAGUGUGUUAAGGAAUUUAGUAAUGGAAGUGCAUUGAGAAGACACAAACGGAUCCAUACAGGUGAGAAGCCCUAUGUUUGUGAUCGAUGUGGUAGGGCAUUUAAUCUUGAACAUGCUCUUAAAAUACAUAAAAGAAUCCAUACAGGUGAAAAGCCCUUUCUAUGUGAUCAAUGUGGUAGGGCAUUUUAUCAAAAAAACAAUUUUAUAGUACACAGAUGUAUCCAUACAGUUAAAAAGCAAUGUGUUUGUGAUCAGUGUGGUAAGGCAUUUAAUGGUGAAUAUCAUCUCACAAAACAUAAACGAAUCCAUACUGGUGAGAAACCCUAUGUGUGUGAUCAAUGUGGUAAGGUGUUUAGUCAAAAAAGUACCCUCACAUCCCAUAAACGAAUCCAUACUGGUGAGAAACCCUAUGUGUGUGAUCAGUGUGGUAAGGCAUUUAAUGAUAAGUCCAAUCUCACAGUACACAAACGCAUCCACACAGGUGAAAAGCCCUAUGUAUGUGAUAAAUGUGGUAAGGCUUUCAGUCAAAUACGAAAUCUUUCUCUACAUAAACAAAUCCAUACAUCGGGUAAAAGGCCCGUCAUAUUUGAUCAAUGUGGUAAGGCAUUUGACCAAAAAUCCAGUCUCACAGUAGACAAGCGAAACCAUACUGGUGAAAAUCCCUAUGUAUGCAAUCAAUGUGGUUGGGCAUCAUCAAAUACAACAGCUCACUGCACAUAAACGAAUCCAGCCAUGUGAAAAACCCUAUGUUUGUGAUCAAUGUGAAAGGGCAUAUAGUCUCACAAUACAUAAGCAAGUCCGUACAGGUGAUUUAUCUAUUGUUUAUUUUUGAUUAUGUAAACAGGGUGGUCUGAUCAGCAUAAAAACAUACAAUAUACAAAAAACAUUGUAACAGGACAUUUUAUGAGAUACAGGAAAAAAGAAAAAGUAAAAUCACGAGAACAUGUACGAGAUACAAAUGGCAAGGUACAUGAUAUAAAUGUGCAAUUACAAACAUUAAAAAGCUAGUUCCUCAGGGCUCUGAUUAUUAAAAAACAUUACAAAUAUGAAUAAGGCAAUGUAAUUUAAUUUAGGAAUAAAAAGCCAAGCAGAAGACAUCAUUUGGUAAUUUUAUCACUAAUAUACAUGGAGAUAUAACCCCCCC